UCGGCGCAUUUUCUCUGUCGGUCGGUAGCUGUUGAAUUGUGUCAGUCGUGUAGUUGUGUCAAUGUGUGCGGUGUCUCACUCUGUUCUCCAUUGUUCACUGUGGUCCACAGAACGAUUCACUCCAGCCAGCGUUGGCUGAGGCCGUGACGGAGUGGUUGGUGGUGAGGGUUUUCAACCUUUCCUAACGGCGCAAUGCCGGACAGUGUGAAAUACAACAUCAAGUACUUAUUUGCAAAUUUAGAUGCUUCAACAAUCUUAGAAGACCUACUAGAGAGUGAUGUUCUGGACGGAGAGGAAUAUAUUGGCGCACCUGCCAAGGAGCAGAAGUUGAAGUUGGCAGAGUAUGUGGUGAGGCUGAUGCUGAAGAAAACGGAGGAACAGGUGGAUACGUUCCUGAGGCUCGUUCAACACAGCCAGCCUCAUGUAGCGGAACACGUCGCCAGCACCAUGGCUAAGCGACGCGGUGCAACUGCCAGUGGGAAAACUGAGCAUCCGGCGAAGCCAAUGUCGGCAGAUCGUGAGUCACCACUUGGCUCGUCCUCCGACAAUCCGUUUGACCUGACAAGGUUUGUGUGUGACAUUCAACCAUGGUUGAACAAAGUUGACGCAGAUCGACUGCGACAGAUGGUGAUCAUGAAACAUCUCAUAACUGACAGCGCAUCAAUAGAGAGACUAAAGAGAAUUCAGUCCCGGGAUGGACUAUCUGAUCAUAAUGAGGCGCUCAUUCAGUUGCUCAGAGCUGGUGGCCUAAAGACUUAUCGUGAUCUCUGUGUUGUCAUUGAGGAACUUGGUUAUGCCGACAAGAGCAAGGAAAUGCUCUCCAUUUUGUCCCACCCAGGUAUCACCAUGACAACAGUUGGCAAACAGAAAACACAGCCAUUGCAGCACACAGUGGGAGCUUGUCAGGCAGACCAACGACGGACGUCCAACAGAUGUGAACCAAUCUUCAAACAACCAACAUCAGCUGAAACAACAGCCAGUGUAACUAGAACGGGUACAACAUCCAAUACAACAUUGACUACAACACAGGAUUCAACAAGAUCAGCAACUUCAAGCCAGUCAUCUCUACCGGACAAAGACCGACACUUCACUGGCAGGAAUGACAUUGUUAAAGAGAUCAGUCACAACAUUAUCACAACAAAGUCCAAGUCAUCAUCUACACGUGUGCAGAGUCUUGUGGCACCAGCUGGUUUUGGUAAGACGUCCGUAGCCAUUGCUGUUGGACAUGUAUGUCGCAAUGCUGGUUGUCGUGUGGAGUUCUUUGACUUACGCGGUGUAGCUGGUGUUGGUGCUGUCCAGGCAAUGAUUCAGAACCGACUCGAAACAAACCCAGCUUCAUCUGAAACUACUGGCAAGACAACAAAAUCAACUGAUGCCAUGGAUGAUGAUGGUGGCAAACACCACAUGCUAGUUAUUCUGGACAAUGCCGAGGAUGCUAUCCAGGCCAAUGCGGAUAAGGAUUUCCAACUACAAGAUGUCAUACAACGACUACUACGCCAACAACACAGCGUACAUGUCCUACUGACAAGUCGUGUUUACUUUGACCUACACGCUGCCCAGUUUAAACUACAACAACACCGUCUUGAUGGUCUGACAAAGGUUUGUGCUGUUGGUCUUCUCCAUGGUCUAUGUGUUGAAGGUAGUGUGAGCAUUGAAGAUGCACAGAGGUUAUUGGAUCAUUGUGGAAAUGUUCCACUUGCUGUACGCAUUACAGCUGGUCUUCUACAAGGUGGCCGAUUAACUCCCACCAUGUUGCUGUCAUUGUUCAAGAAGCUUGGUCUUGAUGUCUUCAACGAUGAUCGUCUUAAACCGAAUCAUCGGAUUCUGCAGCUGUUGAAAGUAGCAUACAACACAUUAGGUCAGGAUGACAAGGAGUCAUUCCAUGCACUUGCUCAACUACGCUCCUCGUUCUCAUCUGAAUGUGCUUGUGUCAUGGUGGGUUUGCCUGCAACUGAUGCCAAUGUGGUUCAUCUUGUACGUUUUGAUCCUCUGAUCAAGAUUUGUUUCCUGGAUUACAAUUCGUAUUUGAAACGCUACUCUUUGCAACCAUUCGUCGCCGAGUUUGGUCGUUACCAAUGCCCUGAAGACAAGCAACGCAUGUACCAACGGCGAAUGUGCAAGCAUUUCCUUGGCUUUGUGAAGGAAGUUGAUGACCGUAGAGGUUGUGGUGCAGACAAAGCAAUGUAUUGGAGUUACCAACUUCUUCAGGAAAGCGUGAACAUACAGAGUGCUUUGUCAGUUGUUGAUGUUUUGUCUGGUGAUGACUUGCUUCCUUUCUCUGGAUUAACAAAGUCGUCGGGUAUCCUAUUGGCCUUGUUUCGGAGAGCAGUACUUGUUGGAGAGUUUGGGGACAGGUUUCAAAGAUUGGCCAAAGCAUCGCUAUCUGUACAAGCUGACAGCAUUUGCAACUCGGUCCUGUGUUAUAUUAUACGUCCAAGCAUUGCAGAUUCUGAUUUCACUUUUGAGAGUUUGGAUUCCAGAACCCAAAUGCUCCUGGAGAAAUCUGAACAAGAACCGACAGGAGUGGAGUCGCAGUUGCAGCUUAUUUUCAUGCAACUUUUUCUGGAGUCAUGCAGGGUAUUCAUGUCUCUGGACAUCGACUGCAAGGAAGGACAGGUUGAGCCCAGCCAGGAAACACUAUCCCGUCUUCAGGUGGUGUACCAGCGUGUUACAACAACACUGGGAAUUGGUCUUGCAACAGGUGUCACUGAAUGUGCCCUGAAACUCAUUCAACUGUAUUGUUCCACUCUGCUAAACAAGGAUAUACCCAAUGUACAGGCGGUAGAAGACCUUGCUGAGAGAGUGAUGUCAUCACGCUUCCUAUCACAGGAUGGUGCAGUCAGGUCAUGCGCCGUAAUGUACGGUUUUCUGCUACAAUGCAUAUUUGUGAUCCUGGGCAAGGUCAUGUCAAGUUCCUGCAGCAGUGAGUGGAUUAUUUCACCAUCAUUGCUUACAACACUGGGUAUACCACUGUGCAAGUGGAAACAUGUACCAACUGCUUUCAGGCGCUCGGUCAAAACCCAUGACGACUUUACCACUGUGUCUACUUUUCGGUUACAACGGUACCUGUACUCCAUGGAUAAUGACACAGUGUCCACACUACUGGGCAUGCUCUGGAGUGAAGUGUACAGCUACCGAUACAGCUCCUUAGUAGCUAUUGGAAGGUCACACACAACUCCAAAGGGUCUCACUCUACCAGCACAGCAUCCCUACAACAUUGUGAUGGACUAUGUCAGGAGAUGGUGUAAUGGCUCGGAUCCAACAGAUCACACAACAUCACUGAUUAACAACUGUAGCCAGAACAAGAUACCUGAUCUUGAAGUGAUGCAGUCUUGUAUUUUUACGGCUAGAGCACUGCUUACUUUCGAGAAUACUGCCUUAGCACCUGACGACAUUUCCGAACUCUUCCCAGCAUUGAAGUCAGUGGUUAAGGAUCUCAGUGCUUACCUGCCAAGCAAUUGUGCAACUGGUCUCUCAGUGUCUGGAAUUGUGUACCUACCACCCUUAACUGGACCCCUUGACAGGCUUUACGUCCCUCUCCUUGCUGCCCUACAUCAUCAAUCCAAGAGAGGCCGUGUGAGCAUUGAUCACCACAUUGCACUACUGGAAUGGUGUCCACGUGUUGCAGCAUGUUUUGUCUGCUAUGACCUGGACAACAUCACGGCAUGUCCUCGUUGUGGCAUGGCUUACCUGUGUGGCAAACAUCGUCAAACCGAUGAACACCUACGUGAACACAACCAACACUGUGCUAUGCUGGCAGCACUCAGACAUCGCAUACUACAUACUUAUGUCGUACACGAGAGUCACCGCUGUGUCUGUGACAGGGGUGGACUGACAGGGUGGUACUUACAUCAGAUCAUUGAUUUUGGCAAUGUUACAGAAAGGAGGGCUAACUGA